AUGACUAUUAAUAAUAAACAUAUUGAACCAGUGUUCUUGGCUAAUAUUGUGCUUUAUUUAGAUUCAACUACCACUUUUAGGAAUUUUUUGAAUGUCUCUGAAAAGUGUCGUUUGGCAGUUUCCAUGUUGCACAUUAAUCCGCCUCGGGUAUUACGUUACAUUCCGUUUCUUCGCAAGUACAUUCCCAAUCUUGAAACAUAUGAAGGGAAUAUCAACGAAGCGCAAAAUGAAAUUACCAAAGAAAUGGUUGACCAAAUCACGUGGAUUGAUGGAUCUCAAAGUUUAGUUUCCAUUCGUACAAUUCACGAAAAUUUCAAAUGGAAAAUAUUUGGUGUUAAAAUAUUGGGGGAUUGUCUUUGUGAUUUGUACCAAUUGCACAACGUCAGAAAAGUGGUCGUCGUUGACUCUUUUAUUCCUACUGACCUUCUUAACAUUGUGGAUAAUCCAAAUUUGCAGUGUAUCACAAAAAUGAUAUUUUACAACAAUCAAUUGACUUGCCAACAGAAAGAUGCAUUGGAACAAUGCGCAGAAAAAUGUCGACAAAUAAUGUUUAAAGUAAUUACAAACACUGAUAAAAAUAAUUAUAACAUCCCUACACGCUCUCAUAAUUUGGAAGUAGUUGACUAUAAAUUAUUUAUUAAAACAAAAGAUGAAAAGAUAGAACAAAAUAAGUCUGAUAUUUCAAAACAGAGUGUUGGUGUUUUAGAUGAAAUUUCAAUGAAAGAUGUGAUAUACAAAUACAGAGAUUUAAAAGUUUCUAAACUCAAAUUAUCAAUUGAAGAAAAUACAUUGGAACAUAUUAAUUUUAAAGGUACUGGAUUUCAAAAUAUCGAGUUGAUUUUGAACACGGGAUUGCCGAUAAAAUUUAUAGAAGAGAAAUUUACAAAAUCACUUUCAGUGACUUCAAAACAUGUUGAAAUCGACACGGAAAAUGUCAAUUUACCGAACAUUAAAAAUCUUAAAGUUGAAGGAAACAUUAUACUCAAAAAGACUGAUAAAAAAGAAUACUUUUUCCGCCCAAACUCCAAGCUUAUUGAUUUUGAAUUUAUCACAGAAAACAAACAAAAUAUAUUUUUUGACUUUUGCAAUUGUUUUGAAAGUCUCAAAACCAUUUCCAUCUCAUGUGGUUCACAUAAAUUUGACUUUCAAAAUUUCAAGUGGCUUGAGUCUAUCAAAGUUGUGUGUUAUUCGACUUUAAAAUGUGAAGUGAUUUUACCAAAAAAGUAUUACAACACUGUUUUUACACGAAGUGGCAAUUGGGUUUCGUUUGAUUCGAGGUAUUCAAGAAGACUAUCAGUUGAAAGUAUAUAUGCACCAAUUGAACUUGAAAAUUUUGAACAUUUUACAGAAGUCACUUUGAAGGGUAAAGUCAAUCGAGUCGAUUUAAAUAAAUGUGCUAUUUGUCGUAAAUUACGAAUACUUUCUACACAAAAAGCCGAGAACAAAACUAUCGUUUGCGCUCCAAAAUCCGACAAUAACUAUUUUGAACAAAACACAUUCUUAGCAAGUAAACCUUAUUUGUAUGUUACAAACAAGAAAAUAGUUGCCGCAGAAGUUCUUGAAAUUUCGGGAAAUGUCGAUUUUGAAGACAUCGAAAAUACAAUUUUUUGUGUUGUGGACAACACCGAAUUUUCAAUAUUAUCGCCUUUCAUUAACAAAAUAACAGUCUUUGGAGGUAGAAAAAACAAACAAAAUUGGGAUACAACAUAUUACGAUAAUUCUCAGAUAAAAGAAAUAAUAGAAAGCAACAAAGAUGUUUACAAAUUCAUGAAGACACCUAUUAUUAAAUCAGAAUUGGACCAUUUAUGUAAUAUAUUUAUCGUAAAACCUUUUAAAAAGACCACCAAAGAAAAAAUAAAAGUUUACAAAAAGAACGUCGAAACAAUGGAUUACAACACAAUAGAAAUUUUUGAUGACGUUGAAUGUGAAGAUGAAGAAUAUUGCGAAGAAGAAAUGUUAGAUGAAAGUGCUUCAAAGUAUUUGGUAUAA